CGGAAGAGUUGAAAGGGGAUACCUUACACCUGGCCGGGAAGGAUUUCUCCUCUGAGGAACAGGGAUCAAAAUGGCCAGCCAGGAUGAAUCCAAAUCCCAACAAGAUUUCACCUGGAUCGUGAAGGCCAAUGACAGGGCAUACCACGAGCAGUUUCACACGAAAUAUGCCUGCUGUCUGAAGAGGAAAAAAUACGCGGGCAACGGCAUCAAGACGGCAAAGUACAACGUCCUCACCUUUCUCCCUCUCAACCUGUUCGAACAGCUUCAUCGGCUGGUUAAUUUAUACUUCAUCUUCAUCAUCCUCCUGCAGACUGUCCCCCAGAUAUCCACGCUUCCCUGGUUUGCUCUCCUCUUCCCCCUCACGCUCCUGCUUUCCAUCAGAGGCGUCCGGGACCUGAUAGAUGACGUCGGCCGGCAUCAUAGCGACUGGGAGAUCAACAGCCGCCCCUGUGAGAUUUUGAUGGGGAAAAGUUUCAUCGAGAAGAAAUGGCGGGAUAUCUGCGUGGGUGAUAUUGUCUGCCUCCGUAAGGACAGCAUUGUGCCUGCCGACAUCCUCUUGCUCUCCAGCACAGAGCCAAACAGCCUCUGCUACGUGGAGACGAUGGACAUUGACGGAGAGACCAACCUGAAGUACCGGCAAGCUCUCUUGGUGACGCACGAACACUUGACCAAUGAUGGGAGCAUGGCUGCUUUUGACGGGGUAAUCACUUGCGAGGAGCCGAACAGCCGGAUGCACAGUUUCGUGGGGACGCUGGAUUGGCGCGGAGACAAAUAUUCCCUCGACAGCGAGAAAGUCUUGCUGCGCGGCUGCAAGGUGCGCAACACAGAGGCCUGCUAUGGGCUUGUCAUCUAUGCAGGCUUCGAUUCCAAAAUCAUGAAAAACUGUGGAAAAAUCAAACUGAAGAAGACCAAACUCAGCCAUCUGAUGGAUCGAUUGGUGCUACUGAUAACCAUCUCACUGUUCCUCAUCUCCUUCGGCCUGGCAGUCGGCUCCGGAGUCUUUGCCGAGAGGUUCCGGGAACAGCAUGCCUACCUCUAUGCUUUCUACAGCACCACGAGUUCCGUCGAAUACAGCUUCUUUGCCUUUUGGGGCUUCCUCAUUCUCCUCAGCCUGGUCAUCCCCAUGUCUAUGCUAAUUACGUUCGAAUUCAUAUACCUGGUCAACAGUUGUUUCAUCAACUGGGAUAGGGAGAUGUACUAUGCCCCAAAGGACAUGCCAGCUAAGGCCCGCAGCACCAGUCUGAACGACCAACUGGGGCAGAUAGAAUAUGUCUUUUCGGAUAAGACGGGGACUUUGACCCAGAACAUCAUGACCUUCAAGAAAUGUUGCAUCAACGGCGUGAUAUACGGUUCGGAGAGCAGCAACCAAGACAAGUCAAUGGAAACUGAUUUGAAGUGGAACAAGUAUUUGGAUAGUAAGCUGGAAUUUUACGACCAGGAGCUCCUGGCGAACAUCCGACGAAACGACGACCCCAUGGUGAAGGAAUUCAUGCGGCUGCUUGCAAUCUGCCACACCGUCAUGGUCGAGGAGAAACAGAAUCAGCUGGUCUACCAAGCAGCUUCGCCGGACGAGGAAGCCCUGGUGACAGCGGCCAGGAACCUGGGCUACGUCUUCCUCUCUCGAACGCAGGACACGGUCACCAUCAGCGAGCUUGGGGUGGAGAGGACCUACAAGGUGUUGGCCCUCCUGGACUUCAACAGCGUCCGCAAACGGAUGUCCAUCCUGGUGCGGGACCCUGAAGGCCGUAUCAAGCUUUACACCAAAGGGGCAGACACAGUGAUCCUCGAGCGACUCCACAGAGACCGUGAGAACGAAGGAUGUACCGUCAAGGCUCUGGAUACUUUCGCCGCCGAGACACUGCGGACUCUGUGCGUGGCGACGAAAGAUGUGGACGAGAGCGAGUAUUCCCUGUGGAGUAAGAAGCAUCACGCUGCCAGCGUCUUGCUGCAGGGUCGCGCCCAAGAACUGGACAUGGUUUACGAGGAGAUCGAGAAAGAUCUGAGGCUCCUGGGGGCCACAGCUAUCGAGGACAAACUGCAAGAAGGGGUUCCCGAGACCAUCCAGCUUCUCAAAAGGGGAGACAUCAAAGUGUGGGUGCUGACGGGAGACAAGCAAGAGACUGCCGUCAACAUUGGGUUUGCUUGUCGACUUCUCUCGGACGAUAUGACUAUUCUGGAGGAGAGCGAAAUCAGUGAGAUCCUGGAGCAAGGCUGGUUCAGCAACGGCAGCUUAGCUAGCAGCAGAGAAGGCCUCUGCAAAGAGAAGUCUUUCCUCUCCUCCCCAGCCUCCUGGCCGCACGGCAAGAAAGCAUUGGUCGUCACCGGGGACUUCCUGGAUAAAAUCUUCCACACGGAGGGAUCGACCAAGGAGGAACAGAAGCUGAGAUGGUGGCAGCGUUUUGGCUGCUGCCGCAACAGGACCGAGAAGGACCAGGAAAACGCGAUGGAAAAAGCCUUUGUGGAAUUGGCCACCACCUGCCAGGCCGUGAUCUGCUGUAGGGUGACCCCCAAACAGAAAGCCCUCAUCGUUCAGAUGGUCAAGCGACACAAGAAAGCCAUCUCGUUGGCCAUUGGAGAUGGGGCCAACGACGUCAACAUGAUUAAAACUGCUGACAUCGGGGUCGGGAUUAGCGGGCAGGAAGGGAUGCAGGCUGUUCAGUGCAGCGAUUAUGCCCUGGCUCAGUUCCGCUACCUGGAGCGACUCCUCUUUGUCCACGGCCGUUGGUCCUACCUCCGGAUCUGCAAGUUCCUCCGCUACUUCUUCUACAAGACCUUCGCCGGCAUGAUGGUGCAGAUCUGGUUUGCUUUCUACACUGGCUUCACAGCGCAGCCUCUGCUGGAGGGCUGGUUCCUUGCCCUCUACAAUGUCUUCUACACUUCAUACCCGGUGUUGUGCAUGGGCUUGUUUGAACAGGACGUGAGUGCCAAGAAAAGUUUGCAAUUUCCCGAGCUCUACAAGGCAGGUCAGAAAGACCGUUUUUUCAAUUUCCGAAUCUUCUGCCUCUGCUUCAUUCAUGGCUCUUUCGUCUCCUUGGCUAACUUCUUCAUCACUCUGUGGGCCAUGGGAGACCAUUCUGGCACUCACGUCGUCGGCGACUACCAGUCCUUUGCCAUGGUAAUAGCAACCUCCGCAAUAUUCACCGUCAUUGCCGAGAGCAUGAUGGAAGUCAAAUUCUGGACCGUCCUGACCGUUCUGGCUAUUUUCGUCAGCAUCGCUUUCUACUGCCUCUUCUCCUACCUCACUCAAAGUUUUCAAGCCUUCAGGAGUGCCCCUGUCGCUUUCCAGUUUCCCGAUGCCACCAAGAACGCGCUGACGGACCCGCUGUCUCUCUUCGUGGUCCUGCUCUGCGUUGUGGUGAACACGAUCCCCUCCCUCACCGUCCGCUUUGUGCGGAGUUUCGCCGGCCCCACAACCAUGUCGGAGGUGCUGCAAGCCCGGGACAUGCAGGAGAAGCAAAAGGCAGUGGAGCUGACCUCUCACAUCCGAAGGAACUCGCACCUGAGACGUUCCUGCUACGCCUUCUCCCACAAGGAAGGUUACGGAGACCUCAUCUCCAGAGGCGCUAGUCUGCGGGGCAAAGGCCCCCGUGUCCGCAGCCAACUGAACGGCUUUGGCGGCAGCCCCAAAGACACCCCCUCUGCAGAUGGUGCCUCUGCAGGGGAGAAGCUCCAUCUCUGUUGACCAGGAGAAGAGCAAG